AUGUCGCGCAGCAACGUCUUUGGCCCCGGCUCGCAGUUCUCCUUUACGAAGUUCGGGGCGCUUAACCGCAACCCCACCAACGUCGUCCUGAACCGACGUGUGAAGGACGUCUUCCGGCUGGAGAACCAGAAGCACAUCCGCAGUGACGUGGACCGGGAACGGCGCUAUCGGCUUUGCACCAAGUGCGGCAUUACGAGUGUGACCGUCAACUUCAACGUCGUCCCCUCCGCCCGUAUCGGGUUGUGGGGCCGCUGCGUCGAUGACAAGGAUUACACGCACCACAACUUGGUGGAACUUUCGCAGCGGGAGUACGAGGAGCUGCGUGAGCUGCCAGUAAAUGAACGAAUACACAGGUGGCGCUAUGAGGGAGACUAA